AUGCCGUACAUCAAAAAGGAGGCAGAGGCACAGACGCCCAGCAUCAAAGAAGAAGAACAGGAAGAUGAAAUCACCAAAUUUCCAAUGACUCUCGGUGUAAAGAGUGAAAAAGAUGACGAAGAGAGCGGAGCAGCAGAACCUUCAAACAACAGCUCAUUUCAAAACCUGACAACAAAAGGAGAGGGACGAUCGCGACCGGACGGCCUGUUAGCUCCCCUGUCGGACAGCGACGACUGUCCCGCAGACGUCACUGUAGAAGAUCUUCACCCUGAGAAACAUCAUCCCGUCCAGGUUAAAGAGGAGUCUGAGUCAGAGAUGCCAUACAACAAACAGGAGGCGGAGCUGGAGAUCUCAUACAUUAAAGAGGAAGAAAAGGAAUAUAAAAUCCCCAAGUUUCCUGUGACCGUCAGUGUAAAGAGCGAAGAAGAUGAAGGUCCAAGUGAAAAGGGCGGAGCACCAAAACAUUCGAGCAACAGCUCAUUUCAACCCCUGACAACAAAAGAAGAGGGACGAUCACAAACGGACGGGCUCUUAGCUCCAUUCUCAGACAGCGACGACGUAACGUCACACUCUUCUGACUUUAACACUGAUGAGGACACUGAUGAAGAGACCAAUAUGGAGAGUGAUGAUGGCUUUAACCAAAAUGCUUCAAAAUCCUUACACAAGUCAUCAUUGAAAAGAGUCGCAAAAGAAUGCACGGUUAGGAAACCUUUUCCCUGCACAAUCUACGACAAAAGAUUUUGUCAGAGGACUAAUUUAGAAAACCAUAAGCGUACACAGGAGGAGUCUGAGAUGCCACACAUCAAACAGGAGGCGGAGCCAGAAACCCCACACAUUAAAGAAGAAGAACAGGAAGAUAAAAUCCCCAAGUUUCCUGUGACCGGCAGUGUGAAGAGUGAAGAAGAUGAGGGCAGAGCAGCAAAACAUUUAAGCACUAGCUCAUUUCAACACCUGACAACAAAAGAAGAGGGACAAUCACAAAUGGACGGCCUCUUAGCUCCGUUUUUGGACAGUGACGACGUGACGUCACACUCUUCUGACUUUAACACCGAUGAGGACACAGAUGAGGACACUGGUGAUGACACUGGUGAUGACACUGGUGAUGACACUGAUGAAGACACUGAUGAUGACACUGAUGAUGACACUGAUGAUGACACCGAUAUGGAGGGUGAUGAAGACGACUUUGACCAAAAUGCUUCGAAAUCCUUACACAAGUCAUCAAUGAAAAGAGUCGCAAAAGAAUGCACGAAUCCUGCAGAUGUCACUAUAGAAGAUCUUCACCCUGAGAAGCACGAUCUCCUCCACGUUAAACAGGAAUCUGAGUCGGAGAUGCCGUUCAUCAAACAGGAGGCGGAGCCAGAAACCCCACACAUUAAAGGAGAACAGGAAGAUGAAAUCCCCAAGUUUCCUGUGACUGUCAGUGUGAAGGGCGAAAAAGAUGAAGGUCCAAGCGAAGAGGGUGGAGCAGGGAAAUAUUCGAGCAAGAGCUCAUUUCAACACCUGACAACAAAAGAGACAAGUGGAAAUGCUGCACGGGGCCCACCCCAGGGCCAGGUCCCUUCCCAGCCAAUUGGGGUGGAGGGGGGUGCCAGCGCAGCCCAUUCCUGCUCCAGCAAGAGGGCCGCCAUCAUCCCCUGGGAUCCAGGGCAGUACCCCGGACCAUCCACGCCCCCAUUAACCAGCCUGAAGGGAUGA